GAAGAUGACAAGAGGCUAUUGAAUCAAACCAAAAGAAAUCAAAAAUCAAAUGCAAAUGAACAUAAAGGUUUGAGGACCAAAGUGUGGGGUCUCUCAACUUCACCUCUUCUUUGAGACACCCCCCUUGGGGCAACCUCCCUCUUUGAUUUUCAUUAGAAAUGGAAAGUUUAAAUGGUUCAUCAAGCUUGAAAAACUUCUCCUUUUCGAACAAGCAGUCGAUUAUGGACUCUACUUCUCCCUUUCUCCAGUCCUAUGUAGAUUCAAACAUGGAUGGAUCAAAGGGAAAAGCUAAGCCAACAGAGGGAUCGAGUCACCAUCAUCGGUGUAACUCCGAGAGCUUUCUUAUAGAGGAGCAACCUUCUUGGCUCGAUGACCUUUUGAAUGAACCUCCCGAGACAACGACAGUUGUACACAAAGGUCAUCGACGUUCAGCAAGUGAUACUUUUGCAUACUUAGGAGCAGCUGCAGAGAGGCUAAACACAUGGGAAGAACCUAAAAAUAAGAAUGUAAAUAUAGGAGCUUCUUGGGGUUCAGUUAAUUAUGUGAGUUACAAAGAUUUGAGUGCAGUUCCCUAUGAAACAAAGCCAAAUUCUUCCCAUGAACAGAAAUUUAAUAAGGCUGCUCAGGAAUUGAAUGGUGCACCAUCUGUUUCCCAUGAAAAGCAUAACAUGAGAGAGAUCAAUAAUUCGAAAAACCAAGAGGGCUCUAGUGAAAGAUCAAACAAUGCACAAGCCAAACAUUCCAUGUCCAAGGCAGAUGCAAAACGUGCUAAACAGCAAUCUGCUCACCGAUCACGUGUCAGGAAACUUCAGCACAUAGCUGAACUUGAAAGAACAGUUCAAGCUUUACAGGCAGAAGGAUCUGAGCUUUCUGCGGAGCUUGAAUUUGUUGACCAACAAAAUAUUAUACUAAGCAUGGAGAAUAGAGCGCUGAGGCAGCGUUUGGAUAGCUUAUCACAGGAGCAGCUCAUCAAACAUUUGGAGCAAGAGAUGUUGGAGAGAGAGCUCACAAGGCUACAAACUAUGUAUCAGAUGCAGAGGCAGCAAAUGCAACAACAGCAUCAGCAGCCACAACAACAGAAUCAUUCUAAACAUCGUCGAAACAAAAGCAGAGAUCUUGAAGCACAAUUUGCCAACCUCUCAAUCAAGAACAACGAAGCCAAUUCCAGCAGGGUUCAAGUGACUGGUUCAGUCAGGAUGUAAAAGAGACUCAUUCUUUUCACAACCUCCCAAGUUGGUUGAAUGUCUCUUUAUCUUUUUUUUCCCCUUCAAAUAUCGUGAUUUGGUAUUACUACAGAAACUUUUUAGACUAAAAAAUAACUGAUCCACGACAUAUUGGGGCCUGUAAAGAUUAUUGAGAAUCCUGCCCUGCAUAGUAUAUUCUUAGGCUUCUACUUGUUAACAGCCUAGUCCUGACUGAACUAUAGGCCUCUGGAGUUUAAAAAGGAAUUGUGCAGAUAUAGUGAUGAGGUUUGUUGUAAGCUGUGACUAUGGUGACCAUCCAUUCUGCUGUCAGAUGUCACACACGUGACAUGAUAUUAUGCAUAGUAGAGAUGGUUCUUGUAUUAAUGCAGAUUCCAAUAAAUUUUCUGUUUGUU